AGAUCACUCCAAUUUUAAACUUACGAUUAGAUUCUAAUAAGUAAUCAUGCAAAUAAAACUACUGCAUAUUUAUUGGUAUUUAGUGCUAUUAACGAUUGUGCAGACAUGUGUAGAAGCGUUUGAAACUACUUAUUUCCAAAGUUCUAUGCAGACAGUACUAGAGAAUCGAAAUCAUUAUAAAGAAAUUUUAAUAAAACGCAGACAAGAGGAUGCGAAAUUUUUUGAAAAUUUAAAAAUGGAUGAACAUUAUUCUAAAUUAAACCAAAUAAUGAAUGCUAUUGCAAAUAUAGUACAACAAAUUAGGGAGAGUGAUUCAAUAUUAGAAAUGUCUAAAAUUACUAAAAGGAGUGAACGUACUCUAACAGAUCAACAAGUUAUAGAUGCCUAUCUUUCAGUAUUGGGAAAGACAAUUUUUUUUGUAGAUAUUUACUUUCAUUUUCCGAAAAUGACUGAGGAAAUUUUACAAUCUGAAAGUAAUUGGAAAACUUUACUAAGUGCUUCUUUGUCAUAUACUGUCAAUUUCUCUUUUGUUCUGGAUCAGUCUAUUAUUCAUAAAAUGGUUUUACUUGAAAGAGAACUACGCCCACUAAAAGUAGAGGAUAAAUUAACACAAAAAUUAAAUACUCCAUUAAAUAAAUUUUUAGAAACAGAAAACAUGGAAUUUUAAUCAUUUCAGAGAUAAUCUCAAUAAAUUAUGAAUUAUUUCAAGCUACUUUGUAUAAUAAAUAAACUGUUUUACAAACA